UCGGUCAUCGCUGCCUGCAGUGGGAGUACAAUUAUCUCCACGAAAUCCGUUAACAAGUGGGAUUCGUUUUUGACAAUGGAAGUUGGACACACGUAAAUGGUGCUUUGAGAGAAAUCUAGUCAUCUUCAUUAAUGGUUUAAUAGUAACAUUGCAUUGCUAUUUCCGUUAAAUACGUCAUUCUACUCGAGCAAAAAUGCAUAGGAAUUAGUGGUCGUUGUUUACAUUCCGGAUAUAGGUUCUUGUGGUGCAUCGAACAGUCAAAAGUAUUGUACUGACUGUUUGUAUGUCUAGUGGGGCAAGAAGGUGCUGAUUUGAAACCCGUGUACAGUAUUCAGCCGACACCCUCCAGUCCAUUCUGUGAAAUAAUUAAACAGAAUUUAAUUAUUUUAACAGAUGGUAGACUGUUAGAUGGGAUCUGAUCAGAGUACACAGCCUCCAGCUGGAGCCCCAGGGAGCAAUAUAAAGUCACAAAGAGAUGAAGAUAUUCCCUACACAUCAUUUUCCAUCAGUAAACCAAUAGAUGGGGAACCAAUGCGUCACUCUCCCCGGAAUGUGGGUGGUCGACCACGUUCAUCUACAAAAGAUGCUAAAGAGGACACUCCCAAACAUAAAAUUGUAGUGGUUGCUGACGGUAAUGUGUCACCUAAAGACAAAGAUCCAGAGUUGACCAAGCUCGAUGCCAUUCCUGUGUUCUAUCCAAUUAUGAGAGGAUCACUCAACAUUCCCACUAGUUCACGUGACCCAGACAUUCUUGAUAAACUUGAUCAUCAGCAAAUCCUACUGCUGUGUAUUCGCUACCAAGAACAUCUCCGACAGUUAUCAGAGGCAGUUUCUUUUGAUCAGAAUGCUCUGUGUGUCCGCAUUAAAGAGAUUGACUGUGCCAUAAACAUGCUUGUGAAAUUGAUGUCUGAUCGUCAAAAGAAAUACCACAAAUAUGCUGAACAGUUUACAAGAGCCUCAGAGACCCUGACUGUUUUAAAUAGGGUCAAGGAUUCCAUGGACAAUAUCAUUCCUAAAAUGGAACGACUGAACCAACUUCUGCCAGAGGGAGAUCAGCUAGAACCAUUCAGUAUAUAUAUAAACACUCCAACAUCUUCUAGCAAAUAGGUGAUUAUCUAUAGGACAGACCUGUAUUUUGGAUGUUUUUCACGUUUUUAUGCCUUGGUUGAAUUGCAAUAGCAAAAGAUCAUUGUGAACAAAAUAGAUGUUUGUAAAACAGUUUCGAUAUUGAGGUUUUUCAUCAAUAUUUCUGUAUUCAUCACUAGCUUCUCAAAGAUUUUAGGAAAAUUUGGAAAAAAUCUCAAAAAAAAGUAAAAUGUGAUAUAUCUCUUUUUUUUUUAGUUAAAUAAAUUGACAGACAUUUCUCACUUAGAUCAUAAAUUAUAGGUAAGUUGUUGAAUAUAAGAAUUCUAUAAAAAGAUGUGUACUUUCAAUCCUUUUGUAGUGAAAAUACUGUUAUGUGUAAUUCACACAUUAUUAGGUCUGUUUGGAUUCACUGCUGUCAUUGCAUAUUCACUAUAAGACACUGACUUUUUCAGUAUAUUUUGUUUAAUGUAAAUUUAUUGCAAAUUUUUUCUGUUUAAAAGAAUAAAAUUAUCAUAUUUUUGUUUUAUUUUAGGGGAGUUUAAAUGAAUCAAAACAUUAUAUGAUAUGUAUUUUUUAAUUCAAGCAACUACAAUGCCAUCAAUACUAUACAUGUAUAAGCUUGACAUUUUCUUUGAAUUUUCUAGCCUUAUUUUGGACCCUUUACAUUGACCACCAGGAAGUAAAGUUUGUAGAAUAUCAGCAUAAAUUAUUCAUUUUUUUCCUUUAAAAAGUUGGUAUUGUGUAUGUUCCUGUUUGUCCACCUGUUUCUGUUGAAUUUCUGUUGAAAUUAGUCUUUAUAUGUCACAUUUUUAUUUAUAGUAAAGGCAUUUGAAUGAAAAUCCUUUUAAAGCAUAUACAAUUAGAUGACUCAAACAUAAAA